UCAGUUGUAAAAAGAAAAUAAAAAGACCCGGAAGUUGUUUUGUGCUAUCAUGCUUAAUCACAUGGUUGAAGAGGGUUGGUGUAUUGGCUGGCAUUAAACCCUGAGGACAUAUGGGUCGCCAUGGCUUAGGGCUGGCGGUCAGCACACAGCACAGUAGUGUCAGUCAUCACUGAGCUCUUGAAAUGGUCUGGGGAAGUGACUUUGAGCUUGUUGUGUCUCCUCUGCCCCACGCUGCGCUGCUUUCCAUACGGGGCGGGGUGCCGCGCAAUCCGGCGCAGAGCGCACCGUCACCAGCUGCUCUCCCUGCGCCUCUGCCCGUCUAACUGAACAACAUGGGUCUGGAAAAGGAGAAAUCGGACACCAGUAUAAUUAUGGACGAAGACGAGUUCAACAGAUCGAUAGAACCCAUUCUCUUGAAGAAGGGGAAGGUGUAUACAGCGGCUCCGGACCGAGAUCCAAACGAUAUCAACGCGCACUUGAAGGUUGGGUUUGGGGAUGUCAUUGCGGAGCCCAUCUCCACACACAGCUUCGACAGAGUGUGGAUAGGAAGCCACGCCGUGUUUGAGCUGGUUAAAUUCAUCUUUUACCGUCUGCUGACCACGCUGCUGGCCGUGCCCAUGGCUUUUAUCCUCGGAGUGGUCUUCGGAGUGCUCAGCUGCAUCCACAUUUGGUUGGUGAUGCCGGUGAUCCAGAGCUUCAUGAUGCUCUUACCAUCAUUCCAGGUGGUAUGGAGGAGUCUGACUGACAUGUUCAUAACACCGCUCUUCCACAGUAUGGGAAACAGCCUGUCCUCCAUUCAAGUGAAAACUACCAACAACUGAUGCAUGAAAUGUAGGACAGAUUAAAAGAAAAAGUGUGAAUGAUGCUUGCAGUGGAAUACAUGAGCUCUUUAUAAAGUAAAAUUUGAAAUCAUGAAGAAUCCUGCACAAAUGACCAAUAACUAAAUACAACUAUGAAUAAAAAAUAGGCUUACUAUUAAUAAGCCUGCAUUUGAUCAUUUAAAGCUAGAUAUAUUUGGGGACAUCUGUUACAAAUAAUCAAAUCUAUUUCAUGGUUUGGUUAGGACCUGAUAUAUUGAAGUAUUGUCAUUAAAUAGUCAUACUAUUUGGGAUUUUCUGAAAAGCUCAUGUGCACCACCUACAAUGAAUUUGUUUUGCUGAUUGUGACCAAAAGAAUUUCUUGUCAUUCCAUUACAUUGUGGCUGAGAGAGCAGUGUAACAUUGUUAUUAAGACCAACUUAACUCCUGACUUGCAGAGAUGUAAUAUUUUAGCAUUUUUUAUAUAUUGUAUAUAUUGCAAAAUUAUUUAGCUCAAAGUUAAAUUAAAUGAACUGAAUCAAAGUAGAUGGUCUGGUUGUACUUAAUAUGGAAUUAAAUGCUAAGAUGGAGCUUGUUGCACAUUUUCAGGCUUAUUAUACUGUAACUGCUGUGUCGAUAUUAUUAUGUAUUGGCAAUAUUAUUGGGAAUUUGCUGUUAUAUGGACCUAAGUUAUACCAGUAGAGUUGUUUUAACAUGUUGUCAAAAAACAGGAUCAGAUAUGGUCAGAGGAGUGGCUUUCUAAUUUAUUAUACAAUGACCAAUUCUUUACUUUUGUAACUGUAGUGUAGUGAACGUAAAUCACAUUUUGUACUGUUUGGCUGAAGCCUCGGUUGAGCUGAGAUUCUGGUAUGUAUUUAAUUUCAUGGUGCUUGUUGUUUGCACAUAGCACAGCUAGUGACUGGGUUUUGGAAUAUUUCUAUAGCCAGAAGGAAUCAGACGGCAACAUAAUUUUUUGCAGUCGAUUUGAUAAAGUUGAGUUUUAGGUACAGUUCCUACUUCCUAUGAGCUAUUGAUUGAGCUUUUAAUCUAAAAUUUAGAGGGCGAAAUAGAGAUAAUCAAUAUAACAGUUAUGAAACAGAGUGUAUACUGAUUUUUGCAUUCUACUGAGAUUUCAGCUUUUCUACGGUACACUUCAGUUUUGUCUUUACACGUUCAAUCCCACCUCUGAUUAACAGAUAACAUGCAUGAAACAUGUUAGCAAACAGUCGCCUAUUUCCACAUCCAGCAAACACAGCAACAUUGGCUUUCACGUGUGUUUCUGUCAUCCUUUUUACACCUAGCAACUAGAUGUGCCUCUUCCAUUAGAAGGGAGUUGCUAACUUUUGUUUUCUGGAAAUAGCUGCCUGCUGAAGCUUGAAACGUGGUUGAAGAGUUUGUGGUGACUGAAACAAACAUAAGUAGCCGUUAAACCAAACUAAUGAACCAAAAGCUAUAAAGCUCAGUAGAGCUGCAGACUUGGCUGAUAAUUUUUUGUGGGUCCAUCACUACAAGCGACACCAUUUACAUUACAGUUUCUGUAAUCAUUUUGAUCCAUUGUUGAUUAUAAAAAUAAUGAUUUUUGAAGUAUGGCAAUGGUCAGUGGGUAUGGCCAAAUGUAUUGUGCCAAGAGACCAUUCAUCCUCAGCUCAGCCCAGCUAUUCUUCAAAAGUUACAUAUCCAUUUUAGACAAAUAAAUUAUGUGAAAUGCAUCUGUCUGUAAAAAAAAUACUACAGUCAUUUGUUUGCAUUUCAUUUUCUUAAUUAUUCUUUCACUGUUGAUUUGUGGAUAUACUAAUUUUGAAACGUUUGCUUUAACAAGCCAAUUGUGUUCUUCAUGACCAAAAUUAAAAAAAGCCUCAAGUUA